AUGAAGGUGACAUCGGACAAAGGGCCACAAUUCCGUGGGCCAUUUACCUCAUUCUGUGAGCGCUUCCAAAUGGAACACAUCACCCCAUCUCCGUAUAAUCCUCAAAGCAACGGCGCGGCCAAAGUGGGGGUCAAAUCCGUGAAAAAGCUCUUGGAGAAAAUUGGCGGAGAUAUUUCCGAGGAAGCUUUCCAAGAAGCAUUGCUCAUGUGGCGAACAACGCCACAUUCAGAUGGGUUCAGUCCCGCCUACGGAUUUUUUGGCCGUGUCCUUCGCACCAUGCUGCCAGAUAUUCGUGAGCAUGGGGUCUUCCACGGAGCUGCUUUCGGCCUGGCCCGCCAAGAAGCAGUUGCAGCCGCAUGCGCUAGAGCCGGUGGACGUGCAUUGCGGCCACUACGUGUUGGUGAGGGAGUUCAUUUCCAAAACCCACCAACGGGAAAAUGGCUGGUGGGCGGAAUAAUUGCAUCAAUAUACGAUCUCGGACGCUCAUAUGAAGUGGAUACGCCCUAUGGUCGCUUUCAGCGCAAUCGUUGGCUCCUCCUUCCAGCGCCCGAUCAAGAUGCUCGCGAGGUAGCAAAUCCUGAAGCCCUACAAAUGAAUGAGGGCCCUUGA